AUGAGUGACUGCAACUCCUGCAGCACGCCGAGGGAGAAUCUUCUGAAACUGAAGAAGAACACUGGUCAGGCAGUAGUCUCAACAGAGUACCGCAGUUUGAUUGGCAGCCUGAGAUACCUGGUAAACACCAGGCCUGACAUUUCAUAUGCGGUAGGGAUUCUCAGCAGGUUCAUGGAAUCACCUGGCAAGGAACACUGGAUUGCUGUGAAGCGGCUUCUGCGUUACAUCAAAGGUACACUUGGCCUUGGUUGCUUUUCCAGGAAAGGAGAGAAGGACGUGCUGACAGGCUACAGUGACAGUGACCAUGCUGGUGAUCUCAAUGAUCGCAAGAUCACCACUGGAGUUGUUUACUUCCUUGGAUCAGGUGUGAUCACUUGGACCUCGCAGAAACAGAAGAUCGUGGCCCUGUCGUCAUGUGAGGCAGAGUACAUAGCAGGAGCAACUGCUGCCACACAGGCCGUCUGGCUGAGUAGGCUUCUUGCGAAAAUGGUUGGCGAAGAGGUGCAGAAAGUGAAGCUGAAGAUCGAUAACAAGUCAGCCGUUGAGCUCAGUAAGAACCCAGUCCAUCACGAGCGGAGCAAACACAUUGAUCUCAGGUAUCAUUAUAUUCGAGAGUAUGUUGAGCUGGGCAGGGUAGAUGUUGAGCACGUGAGAACGAGUGAUCAAGUCGCGGACAUUCUCACCAAGUCAUUGGGCAGGACUCAGUUCAGUGAGCUACGAAACAGGCUUGGGAUCACGCAGGUGCAGCAGAUUAGGGGGUGA